AUGAUACCUCUUAGACGGCCAUUGGGGCAAAUGCUGCCCAGGGCCGGAUCAAUAAGACAUCCAGCUGCCCUCAAGUCGCCUUUUGACCAACUAUGCCGUUUAUCCUCAACCUCUGCGCCAGACCUCUCUCUUUCCGAUAAGAAGUGGUCGCAACCUCCGAGCACCGCGACAGUAACCGAUUCCGAUGUCGCCAAUCUGAGCAACCAACACCAGCACUCUCUGAGCUUGGCAGACCUCGUCAAACAUGGCCGGCCUCCGCUGGCAGCCCAGUCGCUCUUCUCGUCAGCCAAUUUCACCUUGAGCCUCCUACCAAUCCGACUUGCCCACCGUAUUCAGGCUCUGCGGAACCUGCCGUUCAUCGUGGUAUCCAACCCGAAUAUCAGCAAAAUCUACAACAACUACCUACACUCCUUGUCGACUCUGUUGCCGUGGAAACACCGGACCAUCUCCAAUGUCGAAGGAGAGAUACAGUUUACCUCGGUUCUGGCCGAGCUGGUGCACACGCACCAGGACACCAUUCCGAUUCUCGCCAAGGGCUUUCUCGAAUGCCGCCGUUACAUUUCACCUACCGAAGUGACACGAUUUCUCGACGAGCAUCUUCGUGCUCGUAUUGGCACACGACUUAUUGCCGAACAGCACAUUGCGUUGCACUACUCUAGUGCCGUUCAUUUUGACCCUGCCGCCAGCCCGACGCCAUGUCCCGAGCAUCCCAGCUUUAUUGGAGUCAUUGAUACGGCCCUGUGUCCUGCCGACGUUGUCGACUCGUGUGCGAAUUGGGUUGCCGAGAUUUGUGAAUACAAGUAUGGCAUUCGCCCAAGAUGGAUUGUCGACGGCGAACCGGACACUGCAUUCGCCUAUGUCCCCAUGCACCUCGAAUAUAUCCUCACGGAGCUUCUCAAGAACGCAUUCCGUGCAACAAUCGAGGGCCGCAACAGUAAGGAGCCUGUUGUCAUUACCAUUGCGCCGGAACCACCGGAUGCCGGUCCCCCAAAGGUCAAGCUUGAUCCUCCAGCCGAGAACAAAGGCGCUUUCCGUAGUGAGGCGAUCAAGCCUCUGGAUGACAAUGCCCCCGGUGUGACUAUUCGCAUUCGAGAUCGCGGCGGCGGCAUCUCUCCCGAAGUACUACCAAACGUGUGGAGCUACAGCUUUACAACCUUUUCCGAGGAGGAUUCUCCUGCAGGCGCAAACCCAGGUGAUGCUCUGAGCGUCAUUUCCAAUGCCAACAGCGGUGGAAGUUCAAUUGCAGGACUAGGCUAUGGACUGCCCCUGAGCAGAGCAUAUGCCGAAUAUUUCGGUGGCGGAAUCGCUGUUCAGAGCUUGCAUGGCUGGGGAACAGACGUGUACCUUCGACUCAAGGGAGUGGGUAAAAUACAAUGA